CAUCAUCCAUCGUAGUCGCCGCCGUCGUGCUUGUUGUCUCCGUAAAAGUCGCCGCCGUUGUCAUCGUUAUUGUUGUUGUUUCAGAAGAAACCAUAUCGUGUAUACGAACGACGCACGCUGCGUCGUAUUCGUCUUUCCGCGUGGUGAAUUCCAAGUGGGAGUGUUUCUGCGUGCAGGCAGCUAGGGGUAACGCAAAAUUUUGCAUCGAAAAAAAAAAUGUUUGUAGUUGGCUGCAUCUCAAGUGAGAAUAGUAGAAGCGACAACGCAAAAUAGUGCAAAUCACAGCUCGGAGUUGCAUGGGCAUAGUGAGUGUGUGAUGAUAAUGGAAAGACAUCGCUAACAGACGGAUUCGAAUUACCACACGUCGGAAUUGAAGGAGUAAUGAAAUGCCGUACCAGUGAGCGAGUGAACAAGAAGAACAAGAAGCGAGAGCUAGACUAAAUUUAAACCCUCUCGCUCGCAGCAAUUUGUGACACGGCAGCGGCGUGAAUCACUGUGUGAGUGUGUGUCUGUGUUGACGGCGAAAAAGUCACGAAACGGGUGUGGGAAAAGCAGACGUUGAAAAUAGUUGAAAUCCAUCUAAGAAUAGUCUAUUUGGCCACUUCUAGGCAAGAUGAAAUUAUAAUGGCGAAAAUAUAUUGAAAUUUCUAAUCUUUUUUUUUGGUGCUGGGCCUAUUUGCGGGAAAGAAGAAAAUUCAUUGGCCGCCAGACCGCGUGUGUGUACCACGAAGGAAGAUUGUGUUAGCGAUGUGUUUAUUUUUAGUAGUCGAUCACACAUUUUUUUAGUGUAGAAUCGGAGAAAAUACGAGCAAGGAAGAGAAAGAGAGCGCAAGUGUCUAGCAGCGAGCGCCACGUUAGCCCUCCUGAAAAGCGACGACGACGCGCAAGUGUGACAAGUGCGUGUUUUUUACCUUGGCGCUCCGCAUGUGACUCCAGAGAAAAAAAACGUGUUUAAAUAUCUUUCACAGAGUCGCCAACCAUCCGAAAUUCAUUGAUCGAGAGUGGAAAUACAAAAAAAAAAAGCCGACGUGAGUGAGUGAGUGAACCGUCAAACGAAGAUCGUCAAGUUUUGGCAGAGUACCACCAGAAAGCGCCACCUGUGCGUGUGUGUGUAUUUUGAUUAACCGUUGUACUCGGGACUCCCCACGUGGACUCCACUAUGGAAUCGUUUGAAUCCACACACGAUAAUCCGGAAAACGGAUCCAACAGCCGCAGUUAGCAGCGUUUCAGUAGCUGGUUCGUCACAAUCGCGCUACAUCGAAACUUUCAGCACAACUAGUCUUUAAAUCGUUAAACAAUCACAAACAAUCUGCAAAUUGACAACCGUUGUGAACGAACCGUUCUCCACAAAAACUUUCGCGCGUCUUUGCACUAUCUCCGUACUCUUGAUUUCCGUGUUUCCUAGUCGACCGAUCGAUUGACCGCCCUGCAUACGGCCGGAUUGUUCUUCCCCGCGUCUCCGUCGCUACUGAAAAAACGUCUGCAGAGCGGCUUACCACCUAGAGCUCACCAUCGAACUGCCACCGGAAGUCCUCGACGACGAUUCGGAAUUCUUUCGAUUGCUUUACACUUCGGCUCUCAGCAACGGUAGAGCAGUAGAGUAGUUGUUUGACACUCAAGCAUCCAUUAAAACACCUGCAUUUAAAUCGUCAUAUCACCUUGCACGGAUCCUCCUCCUCCUCUUCCUCCACUUAACAAUUCGGUGGCUGGUUUUUGGAUAGCGCUUCCAGUAGUAGUCUAUUAGUUCCACUGUGUGUCGUCCUAACACCUCCAUUGUUGUGUUCAUUGUGAUCUGACUGCUCUCCCUAACUACCUAACAAGGAGGGUGGUUUGUGUCCAUCGCUACGCUUGUACAAAUAACUCCGAUCACCCAGGCCAGUUAGAAACACGAUUCGCCGAACUCCAGCACUCUAACAAACUGCACCAUGGCAACGGGUUUCAGCGUCCGUAGAUCAUUGGUAUACGGCUUUGGCGUCCUCCUCGUGAUCGCAUUAUCAGCGGCAACAGCGUCAGUAAAUAAUGGUGGCAGUAGCGGCACCCCGACGAAUCAGUCGGUUCAAGCGGAUGCACUUCCCGCAGGGCGCCAUAUUAAGGACGAUACUACAUGCGAGGAAGGGUUACUCCUGAGGGUGUGGGAACCACAGGAGAACCUGACCACCGGAGAUCGUAUCGCUCGCGGUAUGGUGUACUUUUCCGCGCUACUAUAUCUGUUCAUCGGUGUGUCGAUCGUAAGUGACCGGUUUAUGGCUGCUAUUGAAGUUAUAACAUCGAAGGAGAAGGAGGUCCGGGUGAAGAAACCGGGCGGCGAAGAGCAAAUCGUCGUCGUCCGCGUUUGGAACGAGACGGUUGCCAAUCUUACCCUGAUGGCACUCGGCUCGAGCGCACCUGAGAUUCUGUUGUCAAUCAUUGAAAUCGUAGCGAAAAACUUCAAUGCAGGUGACUUGGGUCCUGGUACCAUUGUCGGUUCCGCUGCCUACAAUCUCUUCGUUAUCAUCGCAAUUUGCGUCCUGGUUAUACCCGACGGGGAGGUACGCAAAAUUAAACAUCUUCGAGUAUUCUUCGUUACAGCGACCUGGUCGGUAUUUGCUUACAUCUGGCUUUACCUCAUCCUCGCACAGAUUACCCCCGGACGUGUAGAUGUUUGGGAAGGUUUCCUUACGUUUUUGUUUUUCCCUGCCACCGUAGUGACGGCCUACAUCGCUGAUCGGAGACUACUGAUCUACAAGUACAUUGGCAAGCAGUACCGCAUGAACAAGCGUGGCGUCAUCGUUCAGGUAGAGGCCGAGUCAGCGCUUGAGAUGAAUAAUCGGGACGAGAAAUUGAAUACUAUCGAUGAGAAUGGCGGCAUUACCGAGGAGGUCCGUGAUUUCGAAGAAUCCCGUCGCGAUUACAUUUCCACUUUGAAGGACCUGCGUAAGAAAUAUCCCCAACAUGAUCUCGAACAGCUUGAAAUAAUGGCUCAAGAACAGCUAAUGAAUAAGGGACCCAAGUCGCGUGCAUUCUACCGUAUCCAAGCAACUCGCAAGAUGAUGGGCAGUGGUAACAUCAUGCGAAAGAUCUCCGAACGAGCGCAGUCCGACCUGAGCGAGGUGAAAGCCGAACUGCAGCGCGUAGAUGUCGACGAAGUUAUUGAAGAGGACGCCGUCUGCAAGGUGUUCUUCGAGCCCGGUCACUAUACGGUCAUGGAAUCGGUCGGUUCGUUCGAUGUGCGCGUGGUCCGUCGCGGUGAUUUGUCUUCCACGGUUACGGUCGAUUACGAAACGGAGGACGGUUCUGCCGAGGCCGGGUCGGAUUAUAUCGGCAAGAAGGGCACCCUCAAGUUCGCCCCGGGCGUUGACGAGCAGCGCUUCCAAAUUGAGGUUAUCGACGACGACGUGUUCGAGCAGGAUGAGCACUUCUACAUCCGGCUGAGCAAUGUUUCCGAUCCGGCUACGCUGUCGACGCCGAAGGUCGCCACCGUUAUGAUCCUGGACGACGAUCACUCCGGUAUCUUUGCGCUGGCUAGCAAGGACCACGAGUUGGUUGAAUCGGUCGGUAUGUACGAGCUGAAGGUGCAACGUUACAGCGGUGCCCGCGGUAAGGUGCGGGUUCCGUACUGGACCGAGGACGGUACCGGCAAGGCUGGCAAGGAUUACGAGGAACAACGAGGCGAGCUGCUCUUCGAUAACAAUGAAAUUGAAAAAACCAUCCAGAUAGGCAUUAUUGAGGAAGGCAGCUACGAGAAGGAUGUGCUGUUCUACGUCAACCUCGGCGAGCCCCUGCAAAUUGGAGACGACGAACUGACAGGGCUCAUCGAAGCGGCGGAGCAGAAAUCCCCCGAAGAGCUCACGGAGGAAGACAAGAUGGCACUUCUCGGCAGGCCCAAGGCCGGUGAUAUUGUCAGGGCACAACUUAGGGUAAAAGAAAGUAAAGAAUUUAAGAACACCGUAGAUAAGCUAGUCCAGCGAGCAAAUGCUUCCAUCCUGAUUGGAACCUCAUCGUGGAAGGAACAAUUCGUCGAAGCGCUCACCGUCAGUGCCGGGGAUGACGAUGGCGACAACGAAGGAGAAGAAGCACCGUCCCCGAGCUGUUCCGACUACAUCAUGCAUUUCCUCACAGUGUUCUGGAAGAUCAUCUUUGCCUUUAUUCCACCAACAGACAUGGCCGGUGGCUAUCUGUGCUUUGUGAUUUCCAUCCUCUGCAUCGGUGUGGUGACGGCGAUUAUCGGCGAUGUGGCGUCGCACUUUGGUUGCACGCUGGGAAUUAAGGAUUCAGUCACUGCCAUCGUCUUCGUCGCGCUGGGAACGAGUAUACCGGAUACGUUCGCCAGUAAGGUCGCCGCCAUUCAGGACAAGUACGCCGACGCCAGUGUCGGUAACGUCACCGGAAGUAACGCCGUCAACGUGUUCCUCGGUAUCGGCGUUGCCUGGACCAUUGCCGCCGUCUACCAUGCCUGGCACGGGCGAUCGUUCGAUGUGGAUCCCGGAACCUUGGCCUUCUCGGUGACCAUAUUCUGUUCCGAGGCAUGCAUUGCGAUUAUCGUGCUGGUGCUGCGCCGAAAUCCCAAAAUCGGCGGUGAGCUGGGCGGUCCGAAGAAAGCCAAAUACAUUACCGCCACCUUCUUCUUCUCGCUGUGGAUCAUCUAUCUGCUGAUGAGCAGUUUAGAAGCGUACGGUGUCAUCAAAGGAUUCUAAGCGAUUCGUCCACCGGAGAGCCCCCAGAUCAUCAACAUCGUCAUUUAGCGGAAAUUUAUCUCCUGCGCUAGCUAGAGUCCCCGUUUGUGUAGAGAGCUCUACACAUCCAGAGAAAUGUGUCCGAGGCACACAUACACACACACGUUCAUUCGCUCACGCGCGUGCAUCGAUUCCAUAUAGAUUUUGAUUUAGUUUCACUUUAGGUUCAUUGGAAUAUUACUGAAAGUGAACAAACACUAGAUAGUUUGAACUCGUACUAUAUAGUCAGCGAACUAAACCAGAGUCCCACGAGAAAUAAAGCUACACAUUUAUUUAUUUUCUUUGUAAUCGAACAACAACAGCAACCAAAUAAUAUGCUUGAAAACUAGGUUCUAUCGAAAUGAAAAUCCCUUCAAGUGAAAUACAAGACAUUUUAGUUUACACUACCUGUAUUGUUGAUAAUUUGUAAGAGAACAUUAUUUAAAUGAAACAAACUAAAAAGAGAAUGAAAGCGGCGUGUUGCCCAAAGCCCAAAAAAAAAAGAAGUAAGAAAAAUGCCAAAUUGUUAAGAAUUAAAUCUAUUUAAUUACUAUAAUAUUAAAGAAAACAGAAAAACAUCAUAGCGUGUCAUAGGGUAAGGUUACGUUUAAAUAGGAUAUGUAAUGAAAGAAAGCAGAAAGCCGAAUGUUUCAAAAACAAAAAACAAACAAAUCGACAAAAACACAUGACAGCGACGGACCGGUGGACGUGAUUUUAGAAUUUAUUGCAUAUAUACUUUUUGUUAACUUUGAUCAUCUGCUAAGAUGGAUUCUAGUCAAACUAUGAAUUUAUAACUUACGUUUCGUUGCCCCCUUCGCCGUGGGUCAUGAGUCCAACGGAUGUUUUGUUUUUUAUUUAGUUUCGGCUCAGGUCAUGUAUGGUUUUUGUAAAUAUACAAUCAGUGUAUUAUGUUUAGUUUUCAUAACCUUGUUUACUUUUCGUCGUAGUGCUUGGCCAUCGCGGAACAUUUAGGGAAAUCAAAAUGCAACGCGUUAUUUUUAUAGAGCGAUGAAGACAUAUCUAGUUUAAAACGAGAAUGGUAAAGAUUUUUCGAGACUCCACUGAAGCGUGAAAUCAAUUCCUAGCGAAACAAAAAUACAUUUGACUAUCAAAAAAAAAAUGAGGAGUACCGAAAGCUUGAUGAAUCCCCAUUCCCUGUUUGUAAAAUCAAAUUGAAGAAAUUUGAAAUGAUACCAAAAAACGACACCGGAAGAUUAGAGCCACAACUAACAGCUAGUCUAGAUUCAAGUGUCACGUUUUUGUACCAAGUAGGAGCGUAUGUGUGCAAUACUCACCGCAUCCGGUAUCCAUCAGCUCUAGCAAAAAUAAAUAAACGAAACAAAAUCUCGAAACAAGGACCACAAGCGAUCAAUCACAGAAUAACCCUAUACUUAGACCCGAGUACUGAAGCAUUUUUAUCCGUUAUUCGUUUAGUUUCUGCGUUAAAACACACAUAUAAACACACACACACAUACAAAAACCACAACACUCCACACAGAAAGGUAAAACUCUGAAGCAUUCUCACCAGUACAGAAGAAGAGAAAAAUAUUUACCGCCCGAGCGCUACAGCGGCAGCAAUGGUGGCCAGCUUCGAUCGAAAAUAGAUUCUGUCAAAACGAGCGAAGCCUAAUCAAAAUGGCAGACUAUCGCUGUGGCAACCGUUUCCCUAAUCGAAAGUGAAUAGUAAUUUCUUCCAUUUCAAAUAAUAAAAAAAAACCGCGCUAGUGUUAAGAUUUGUUUUAGUCGUUAGAACUCAGUUUAUCACAGUUUUUAGGGUAAUAAGUAACAACAGAGAAACAAAUGGAAAUUGUUGAUCUUAAGUAAACGUCCACGUCGUGUGUGAGCGAGAGCAAAAUAAUUCUAGUGUUUUUGUAUAAGAUAUUCUAAAACCAGAUACAGCGAAACUGCGUCGUAAAAUGAUCAUUAUUGUUUGUGUAGGAGGAAAAGGAGAUGCCAACACACAGCGACAGUGAAAAAAAAAACAAUCCAAAACUGACAACAUGAAGCGCUUUGUGACGGCUGAAAGUUUGAUUGUUUGAAAAACAACAACCACGUUAUUGUUGACAAGCUUUUCGAAUUGUUUCCCCAUUCUUUGCCACCAAGAUUGAAAACUGAGUUGUACAAUGAGCGCUAAUGGAGAAAAUGAUUCGAACAUUUGUUAUUUGUUUUAUAACUUGUUAAAAAUGCAAACAAACGUAGAACCUGAAAUGAAAAGUAAACCAACAAUAAAGCAAGUUAGUAAACGUGUUCUUUAAAAGGGAAAAUAUUUAUAAAUGGAUUAUAGGAAGCAAAGUGAUUGACAUUUAUAUUUUUACGAGAAACGCAAACAUCGUUAGCCACCUGAAUGUGAAUUAAACAUAAACAAAGAAACAAACUGUUAUAGUCAAUAACAAAUCUACAUUUCUUGAAAUAAUUCAAACUCUUGAUGUUCACAAAUCCUGCAAAACAGAAAAUAUGCGUUUCAUUUCAAUAUUAACCUGUAAAAUAAAGUUCCACACCUUUGAAAA